AAUUCCAUUCCAUUGUGCUAGAGUAAGAUAUAUGUCACAUCAUCUAUAAUCUUUUAACAUUUAGUUUGCUAUUUUUUUGUAUCCUUCUAAAUUCCAUUCCAUUGUGCUAGAGUAAGAUAUAUGUCACAUCAUCUAUAAUCUUUUAACAUUUAGUCCUUAGGUAAUCAAACCUUUUGCCGGUCUUUGUAUCAUUUGUUUAUAUCUUUGCCUUUUAUUUUCUUUGAAGCCAAUUACAAGGGGCAAGAAAUGCAAGCACAUGAUAGGAGACAGGUUUGACCCUGUCUCACAAAGCUCCAUAAGGGCCGCGUUGAGGCACAAGGUUCCUAAAUUAAUUAUUGAUCAAUUAGUAAUUAGUUUUCACGAGAGAUGGUGGCUCAGAAGUAGGGAAGAUUACUUGCAGUAAAGAUUUAAAAAUCCAGUAGCAAUGAUAAUAUAAGUGUGAGAAGGAGAAUAAAGCCAAUACAUAAAAAAAUAAAUAAACGAAUGUACAGAUGAUUAGUUGUAGUUGAGUUCUUUUUGACAAGUUAAUGAAGAUGAAGUGAUAAUUAAGAAAGGAGAGGUUAGAUAUAUUUUGGUGAAGGAAGAAAUUUGUUAUGGAUCCCGUUUUGGGACAAGUAUACAAAUGUCUUGUUGUUCAUGGACACAAGAAAGGGCGAGCAUGAUUAUUAGCAACAGUGUUGGUUUCUUUAUGCAGUCUGGUAGUUUAGAUAUAUUUUUAUUUCUAUCUACAUUUCUGGUUCUGAUCCUUUUAUCUCCUUAAACUGCGGGUAGUAGUAGUUCUGUUCAUCUGUAGGUAUUUUCUACAGGGUAGUUUCUGAGGCUCCUGGCUAUCUUCCUUUCUUCAGCUGUAUUAAUGUGUUAUCUUGGGAUGGAAGGAUUUGAGGAGUGAUUUACUCAAAGCUUGAGUUUCUUCUAACGCUCAGAUAUAAUAGGAUCCUGUCUUACAAGCUGUUACUAAUAUUAGAUAUAGGUCAUAAAGGUGAAAAAUCACACAAGGAUUCUACUAACUUUCAACUAGAUUUCUUGGUCACUAAGCCUGUAACUGGUUUACAAUGCUCUUACUUGAGUGCCAUGGUGAAGAUUAGAUGAGAAGAGGUGAUGGAAGUGGAAAACUUACUUAUCUUAGAGCAUCAAGGUAAGACAAGCUGGAUUAGGGGGAUCAUAUUGACCAUACCUUAGCUUUAAAGGGUGAAGCAAGAUAAUGGAAAUUGGAUGGUCCCUUAGCUUGGAAUGGAUACUACACAUCUCUGAUCUCUCUCUAGAUCUCCUUUCCAUUCCAUAUAUCAGUUUUCGAUACUCCAUUUUUGAUUAACAGGUGAGAAAAAUAGCAAGUUCUUUCUUCCAUGAAGGGGGAGAGGGAUGGGGUUAUGCUUUUCAGUUGAGAAGAUCUGCCAAACUUCUGAAGAAUUGGGGUUUCACAUCUUGUUUAUGAAACAGAUGGUGGUCAGAACAUGAGCUAUAAUCUGUGAGAAAGGAGAAUUUAAUGAGGAUAUUUAAUUAAAAUUGAUGUAAAAAAUAAUAGUGAAGUUAAUGUUCUCAUGAUAUAUCUUGUGGAAUAAGUUAUGGGCAAUGUUCUGAAAAUGGCUUUUGGUAGUUGGUCUGAUGAGUCAGCACUUUUGUGCCAAGAUGAAAAUGUUAAAAACAUAUUGUUAUUGGACUUGGAAAAGGUUACGAGAAUUUUUUUUUUUUUUGAAAUAAGUUACAAGGAGAUUUUAUCUACUUGGAAAGAGAAUAAGGAAAUAAAAAGAAGAAAAGAUAGAAAAAAACUUUUUCUGUUGGAAAACAGUAGGGACUAAACUUGAUUUCCAUGCUUUAGAUUUGUGAUAGUGCUCAAACAGGGAAAUUUGUUACUGUAGAAAAUGAUAAAUUUUGUAGAAGCUCAACUUCUGAAAGCAAUAACACUUGUCAACAAAUUCAAAACCAAAACAUUCUUCAACAUGAGAAAAUCUAGGAAUUUGCUCCACUGAUAGCAAAUAGUAGUAGGCUAAUAUGCUAAUGUGUAAAAUUAGGAGCACAGUGUUAUUAGUGUUAACUCGGGUAAAGUGUGGCUCAAGUCAAUAUAUCUAUCUGAGGCCGAGGUCAAUAUAUCCAUAUAAGGCCAAGAAGUGCACUGUUAACCUAAUAUAUAAAACAUUGAAAGUUACGGUGACGUGCUUGCAAGUUAAAAAAAGAUGAAAAUAAAACGAAGUCCGUAGAGGCAUAUUAGUUUAUUUGGAAUUCUCUCGCUCCAUCAGGAUUUCCGUUUUUGCUUGGGAAGCUGCCAUGGGUGCUAUUCUUACACUUGAUAAUCUCAUGAAAAGGGGUUUUCUUCUGGCUAACUGGUGUGUUAUGUGCAAGCAGAAUGCUGAAUCAUGUAACCAUCUUCUCCUCUGGUGCCCCGUCUCCUAUGAACUGUGCUCUAUGAUUUACAAGCUGCUUGGCUUGUCCUGGGUUAUCUCUGUUUCUGUCAAAAGGGAGUUACUUGCCUUGGAAGGUAUCAAAUUCAAUAACAGAUGGCACAGAGUUAUUCCUCUUACAAUCCUCUGGAUCAUUUGGAAGGAAAGAAACUACAGAACUUUUGAAAGGAUCUAUAUAGGUGAUGGAAAAGUAAUCCACUUCACUCGUGCAGCCGGCCAGGAAAUUGGUACUGGAACUGCCCUAGACCGCUUCCUUUUUAGUUCAUCUCCAUCUCAUCCUUCUGACAAUCCAUGCCCACAAUGUGGUGAUCAAACAAGGCUCGAGGGUGUCAUCUGUUCUUGUGUUGACUGUUUCCUCUCUGGUGGUGAGCUCUACCUCUUUGAGUAUGGUGUCUCACCAGCUUUAUUCCUUGUCAAAGCUCGGGGAGGAACUUGUACUCUUGCCACUUCUGACCCACCAAAAGAUGUUCUCCGUCGCAGUUACUUCCUCCUCCAGAAUGGUUUUGGUGGCUAUAAUAUUUUCAAGAACAACUGUGAGGACUUCUCAAUUUACUGUAAAACAGGUCUUCUGGUUUCCACUAGUCUAAGUGUAGGUCGGAGUGGGCAGGCAGCAUCAUUUGUAGCUGCUACUAGUGCUAUUGUUUCCUCGCCUCUUCGAUUCUUGACUACCAGCUUCAGUGGCCUGGCAGCAGUUAGUUGUGGUAUGUAUUGUAUUAGCCGAUUGGUUUCUGAUAUUGGCAUACGCAGGGAUGUAGCCAAAGUCCCUGUUGAAAGGCUUGUUGCUGUUUUGGCAUUUGAUGAAUCAACCAUUGUAGCUGAUGUGGCUGAGAAAGAUGAGUUAAUUAAAGCCAACCCAAUUGCAGCGAAAGAAGAUGAGUCGGUCACUGAAGUCAAUAUCACGAAGAAAGAUGACUCGGUUGUUGAAGCUGUUACAUCCUAGACAGAGUAAGCUUUCAAUAUUAGAUUGUGGAUUACAAGUAUGGUAGUUGUCUUUGGAGUACUGCAAUGUUACAAGUAGAAACACUUUCACUUUUUGUGGAUUUACCAAUAUAUAUCAUAUAUAUGUGUGUGGAUGGAGUAUGCCUGGUAAUAUAAAGACGAAUAGAGUUGUUUUAAAAAAGAACAGAUUGAAUUAUAGAAAUUUGAAGGUUGUCCUGUUAGCUAGCUA